CACUGAUGUCUUAAUUCGCAGCAGUUAAGAAGACGAGCUUGGGUUUGGUGAUUUUUACGUUCUUGAACCACGUCGUUAUCUAACACAUGCCUCUAACUGCCAAUAAAACACCAGUACUAAUAGGCAACCCGUCUCCUGCGUGUGUCAUCCAAGUGUGUGUUGCCGGUGGCUCAGACCAGACAAAUUUGUUCGUUCUCUCUGUGGCGGCCUGCUUGUAAUCCCGUAACACGACCCUGAAACCUGAUUCACCCAGUUUCUACUGAAAGGACUAUAACUAAAGUGUUGUGUAGGAAAAGAACACUGUCUGAAACAAACAAAAUGCUCACAACUGGAUUAUCGGAAUCUGGUUUAUGCCAAAAACACGAGGAUCUUAAUAAUGAUGGAGAUUUAUGUGAACAGCCGCCGGCAAAGCUGACAAUUCGCAUGGCAGCUCAGGACAGUUCGUAUUUUGACUCGGUGAUUAGUUCUUUCGCGGGUCAAGUAAAUCCGAUUGAAACUGUGAACUACAGUGGUAAGUACAGUCCAUCAGGGACGCAUUCUGCGGAAAACUCCGUGAGUGACAGUGAUGCGAAACCCCACCCACCUGUGUGCGUCAAUGGAGUGCUACCGAAUGCUUUCCCGGUUGAGAAAAUGUCACGAACCAAUCUGUAUAUAAAGGGGUUGCCUGACAGUUUCAACGAUGAUAAAUUGUGGAAUCUACCCCCGCAAAGUGACCAGAUCAAAUCGGUGAAAGCAGCUACAGAUGACGAUGGAAAAUGUCGUGGUUACGGAUUUAUUGAUUUCAUUUCCCAAGAAGCAGCAAACGAAGCAUUGCAACACAUACGGGACACUUAUCCAGCCUUUACAAUCAAAUUUGCUAAAGAGAACGAAAAAGACAAAACCAACUUAUACGUGACAAAUUUACCCAAAUCUUGGACUACGAAAGACAGUGAUCAAUUGAAGAUGGUUUUUGAACGAUUCGGUCCAAUACAGUCUGCUUUCGUAAUGAUGGAACGGUCGACAAACCGGACUACAGGGGUCGGUUUCGUGCGCUUUGCCAAUGAGCGUGAUGCACUUGCCGCCCUGGAUUACAUCAAAAGCACUCCUAUCAUUCUUCCCGAGUGCAACAAUCCUGUAGAAGCUAAAUUUGCGGACAAGCACAAUCCGGACACUAGGCGCCGACGAUAUCCUAUGUCAACUUUGCUCAAUAACUCCGCUGUCAACAGUCUAAUCGGGUAUCCAUUAACUUUGGGGCACGGCGCCCCUCUCAGCUCACAAGAUGCCAUAUCAUCCCUGUUGAAUGGCGCACUCAGCGUGCAUCCCAACUCAAAUAAUCAGAGUUCUUUAGCCUCCCUCCAAAUCCUCCAGAACAAAUCAGAUUAUGCUCAUGGUUUUGCCCAAAGUCUGCUUUCCAACUCUAUCUCCGGCAAACUACCUUCAACAGUCAAUUCUCCAACAUCACUGGGAGUGUCCGAUUUCGCCAUUAAUCCUGGUACAAACGCCAGUGCAGAAUCCAAUCUAAACGCUCUGGCUGCCGCGGCCGCCACGGCAUUAAUUGGGGCAGGCGCCUCACAUGGAUUUGUGAACAACUGUUUGCGUCCACCCCAUGGGUGUGGACCUGGACCGCUUCCUCCCACAAUAAAUGCGAACCUGAUUUCAACCAAUCAUCUUUCACUCCUCGGAACUAGCCCUACGGAUGCCACUCUACUGGAUCCCAAUAAUUUGUACCGUUGCGGACUAUACAACACAGAUUUUUAUCGUCAGUCCCAACAACAACAAAUUUUAGCAGCUGCCAUGCAAGCUUUGAACGGCACUCCAACAGCAGGCGCCAUCUAUCCCUCCAUACCCGAUCUGAGUCCUUACCUUGCCUAUCAGGCUGUGCUCACUCCGCAUCAGGCAACCGCACUUAGUGGUGUCACUUCCAACCCCUGUCUCGCAGCUAAUGGAUCUGGUCUUGGACAGAUCUAUGCAAACCACAAUAACGGACUCAUCAAUACCAACCCUUUGCUCAAUUCCACCGCACCGCUUCCCAGUGACCCGAUUCAUCUAGUAACCACAAGACCAAACAAUAUGCUGCAUCAAUGGGCUUUGUCCAAUCAACUUAUAAAGCCUGUAGCAAACGACAGUAUAACAGCUAGUCAGACAGCUGUACUACCAAAUCAA